GUGAGUGACUGGAAGAGACGCACCGACACAUAUAGCCAGCGCAAAUUCUAUUAGAAACAUUUUCUCUGACCGGUCAUUGAGGUUUUGAAUAUCCCUCUUCAAUCAACUGCCAAGACUGGACCAGUUGAUUUAUUUUUUCUAAUCUGUAAACUAAAAUUGGGCAUGACCAUGGGGGCCAGGCUGUGGGUGUAGCCACUGAGACAGCUGGGGAGAGGGAGAGAGGAGGAAAAGCAAGCCAGCACCAGCCAAGCACCCUGCACUCCUGCUGGGGAAGAUGGGGGAGACAGAGGAGGAAAAGGACCAGGCAGGGAAGCUGUUUGAGAAUUUCAUCCAGGCCUCCACCUGUAAGGGCACCCUGCAGUCAUUCAACCUCCUGUGCAGGCUGCUGGAUCUAGACCCUCAGGACCAUGAGACGUUCUACUAUACUCUGAAGACCAGGCUCACCUCCUGGAGGGCCAAGGCCCUCUGGACCAAACUGGACAAGAGAACCUGCCACAAGGAGUACAAGAAGGGCCAGGCUUGUGUGGGCACCAAGUGCCUGAUCAUCGGGGGAGGCCCAUGUGGCUUGCGGACGGCCAUUGAGCUGGCUCUGCUGGGGGCCAAGGUGGUGGUGAUUGAGAAGAGGGACACCUUCUCCAGGAACAACGUGCUGCACUUGUGGCCCUACACCAUCCACGACCUCAAGGGCCUCGGGGCCAAGAAGUUCUACGGCAAAUUCUGUGCUGGAGCCAUAGACCACAUCAGUAUUCGUCAGCUCCAGCUCAUGCUGCUGAAGAUCGCCCUGCUCAUAGCUGUGGAGUUCCAUGUCAAUGUGGAGUUUGUCAAACUGCUGGAACCUCCAGAGAACCAGGAGAAUGACGGGCCUGGCUGGAGAGCUGAGAUCAGGCCUGCCGAUCACCCCGUGGCAAACAUUGACUUUGACGUGGUGGUGGGGGCUGAUGGGAGGAGAAAUACCCUGGAAGGGUUCAAGAGGAAGGAGUUCCGUGGUAAGCUGGCUAUCGCCAUCACGGCCAACUUUGUCAACAGGAACACCACGGCCGAGGCCAAGGUGGAGGAGAUCAGCGGUGUGGCCUUCAUCUUUAACCAGAAGUUCUUCCUGGACCUCAAAGAGGAAACAGGUAUUGACCUGGAGAACAUUGUGUACUACAAGGACAACACACACUACUUUGUCAUGACAGCAAAGAAGCAGAGCCUACUGGACAAGGGUGUCAUCAUUCAUGACUACAUAGACACAGAGAUGCUGCUGAGCAGUGAGAAUGUGAACCAGGAAGCUCUGCUGGGUUACGCCCGCGAAGCCGCUGACUUUGGCACCAACUACCAGCUUCCCACGCUGGACUUUGCCAUAAAUGCCUGUGGCCAGCCGGACGUGGCCAUGUUUGACUUCACCAGCAUGUAUGCCUCGGAGAACGCAGCGCUGGUCAGAGAACGCUUCGGACAUCAGCUACUGGUGGCACUGGUUGGGGACAGCUUGUUAGAGCCGUUCUGGCCAAUGGGUACAGGGUGUGCGAGAGGCUUCCUGGCUGCUUUUGACUCAGCCUGGAUGGUGAAAAGGUGGGCUGAGGGCAGGACCCCUCUGGAGGUGCUAGCUGAGAGGGAGAGUCUUUACAGAAUCCUGCCGCAGACAACCACUGAAAACAUUGGCAAAAACUUUGAGCAGUACACCAUUGACCCUGGGACUCGGUAUCCCAACCUCAUCUCCACCUGUGUCAGGCAAAACCAGGUGCGUCACCUGUACAUCAAUGGAGAGCUGCCAGUGAAGUCGUGCUCUCUGGAGCGUAAUGCUACAAUACGUCGCCCUGUGAACCUGGCCAGACGAGAGUCGGAGAUCAGGCCGGGGAGGCUGCUGACGUGGUGUCAGAAACAGACCGAGGGCUACAGGAACGUGAGCGUGACAGACCUGACCACCUCGUGGCAGAGUGGCCUGGCUCUCUGUGCCCUCAUCCACCGGUUCAGAUCCCACCUCAUAGAGUUUGAUUCGCUGAAUGAGGAGGAUUCGGCUAACAACCUCCAGCUGGCAUGUGACCUGGCUGAGCGGGAGUUUGGGAUCCGGCCCUUCACCACUGGGGAGGAGAUGGCUGCUGGUCAGGAACCAGACAAGACCAGAAUGGUCACCUACCUCUCCAAGUUCUACGAGCUGUUCCGCGGCACCCCCCUCCCCGUCUCAGAUUCUAGAGGGGCCGACGAAAACAGUGAAGACUAUCCUUCCAAGGCAGUCAGAAGUAUGAACAAAGUUCUGAACUUGGUACCAAGAAAGAGGGUACCAAAGGAUGAGAAGACGCUAGAAGAUACUGACCCAACAUACAAAAGGAGACGAAAAGUCUGCAGUUACUUGGAAGAGGCAACCAACUUCUCCAGUCAGAGUGCGUCCUGUGUGGGUGAGGGGAGGGAGGUGAAGGAGAACAAGGUCCGCUCCAUGGCCAGCCAGCUCCUGUCCAAGUUUGAGGAGAGCAACCCCAGUUUCACCCUCCGGAGACAGAAGAAAGCUCAGACCCAGAAUGCUAGAGAGUUUCACAAUAAAAGUAUCAAGGAGAAAGCGGUCCACCUGAGAGCACUGUUCUCUGGGGAUGUGAACUCUACGUCCCAGGGUUCCUUGCGGAGGGAGUUCCCCGGGUCUGGUGACCAGUGUCACUCCUGUCAGAAGCGCGUGUAUGUGGUGGAGAGGAUCAGUGCUGAGGGACUUUAUUUCCACAGGGAGUGCUUUCGCUGUGACACCUGUGGCUCCGUCCUGCGCCAGGGAGGCCAUGCCUUCGACUCUGAGCAGGGCAAGUUAUACUGCAAGCUGCACUUCACACAACGUAAAAAUGGAAUGAAUCAUCGGAGGACAUUCAAUUCCCAUCUGGGUCAGAAUGGAGCCGGGGUUCAGGAGGGGUCAGGGACACAGACUCCUGACUGUGACACAACAGAAGGCCUGCAGAGCCAGUCACCAGGUACCUUCAGCUCCCGCCUGAGGAAGAGCCUGAGCUGGCCCCUGAGUGUGACCCGGGCUGUGUGUGACUCCCCCCGCCUCCUGUCUCGCUGGGUGCAUGGUACGGCCCAUGCUGUGGGCCUCCACUUUAGAGCCAAUGUGCAGGACUAUUUCUUCCUGUAUGAGCUGCUGAGCCUGGGAGUGCCCCUGCUGUUCAUGCUCCAGGAGGUGCUGCUGCAGAUGUACUCUGAAACCGGGCCUGUCUCACAGUCCAUCCAGCCCCUACUGCUGUGGCUGGAGGAACACCUAGGUCACAGGCUCAUGUAGAGGCCCACCAGGGAGGGAAGCCUAAUCCUAACCCUAUCCCUAACCCUUGUGCAAUAGGGUCUGAAGCCUGGCCGAACAUUAACUGGCGUAUCUUGCAUUUGUUCCAUGUCAUAUGAUGGCAAGCUACUGUUUGACCAUGUGUACAAGCACCUUGUUAAUAUUUUCUCACAGAAUAUGUAGCUGUCAGUGCAUUAGAUCUAGUCCUACACCAACCAAAGAACAAAUAACAUUUCCCAAGUGGUAGCUUGGUUUGUGAUACGUGGGAUGUUUUCAUGAACAUUACAUUUUUCUUUAUGAUGAAGGGUAAUGUGCUGUACGUGGUUUCAUGGUGGUCUAAAUCAUUUACGGUAUGUGGUUGAUAUGACUGCUGAAAUCAUCCAAUCUAUAUUGCUAUAGAGUUGAGUCUUUCAACAACUGGCUGUCAAAAUCGAGCCAGUUUUUACAUGGCUUAGCUCAGGUUAUGACAGAUUUUUUGUGUGGAAAAAGUAAUCUAAAUGAAAAGACUGACUUGAAGCACUUUAACUUGGGGAGCUGCCUUAGCCUGUGGCUGAUGCCUGAUGAAUGGUGUGGGAGUUAAUGGCUGCUUAAGCUGCUUAAUGGCUGUCCAGGCCUUGGAUAAUGACUAGUGCUGACGCUGCACGUUUACUAAACCCUGCUGAACUCACAGGUCAGGGUCGGGGUCGGGGGCCAACGUGGAUCUGUGCUCGACAAGGUUUUCUCAUCUUUUUUUCAAUUUCAGUAUUAUUUUACACAAAUUAAAAUGUUUAUGUUUUUAUUAUAAGAUCUCGUAUGACACCAUGACCGUAGUGUACUUUCGCUACACAUUAUGAUAACUUUUAUUGCUUUAUUUUAUGGCCCAGUGCCUCCAGUAUUUUUGUGCAUUGUCCGUUGUUCUUAAAAAGGGGAAGAGCUUUCAUGGCCAUGGGCUUUGGUUUACUACACCCGUUCAUGGACUGUUUAAUGCUUACUCGUUGCUUCCACCUGUUGGUGAAACAGAUGUAUGGCCAAAUUCAAUUUACUGUAUGAUGAGGUGGAAUAAGAGACAAUCUUCUAAAGAGUUGUUGUAUGUUUGUAAUGGAGGAGGUUUUUCUUCAUUUUUGUUAUUUGUACAGGUCUAUUUCACUUCAAUAUGUUUUUCAUAAUGUUAAGAAUAUUGCUGAAAGGAAUUGUUCAGAAGGACUGAAUCUGACAUGAUAACACAGGCUAUGUUUGAAUGCUGUGGUGUGUAUGUGCUUGCCACUAAUCUCACUGUUAAUAAGCAUGUUAAGUAUGAUAGCAGGAUCAGUUGGUGCACUUUAAAAAUGAGAAGUGUUUUCAGCCCUAACCAGAAGUUACAUCAUUCAUGCAGUACACUGUACAGUGCUAAAUUGCAUGUUGUUGAAUAGCACAAUCUCAUGUUAUCUAACAAUUGCAAAGUUUCUAUGCAUUUUAACUGGAUUUGAUCCUUCCUCUGAUUUUUCUCUGUAUUCUAACCUACUAUAUUUCCUUCCUUUCAUUUCUAUUCUUGUUCACUUGAAGUCUAUUUUCAACUUUCUGAUGAUGAGCCUCCUGAUUGGUUAGGAGACAUGCCAUUCUGAAGGUGAUCACCUGCAUGGUCACAUGGUUUUGUGAAUAAUGUUUUGGAGUGGAUGCUUUGUUAGAUUAGUCCAAUUACUGUCAGCAUUUCCACACACAAGUAAAAAAUGCUUCUAACCCCUGUGUUUGAGCUACACACAGCAGUUUUUAGCAUUGGAUUUUUCUAUUUCGUCUGCAUCCGGCGAUAUUAGAUCCCAAUAACGGUUCUUCUCACAAAAAUGUCUAAUCUACAAACUAUUAUGACCGUACUAUGAAAGGCUGAGACUCUCACAAAAACGCACAUGUAAUCUGGUCUGCUCUAUGACACCCAUAAACCAAUCAAGAGUUGUUAGGAGGUAAGGGGUUCUUCUUCGUAGAUCAUAGGAAAUCUCAGGACAUAGUGUCUAUAAACUCACAUAGUUGCUGUCACAAACUCCAUACUCCACACAGUUAUCACUGACUAGUUGGAUAUUCAUUUCCCACUAAGCUAACCAUUUAUGAAUUUACAAUUGUAAUGAUUAUAUAUUCAUUUUUAAAUCAGCUUUUUGGGGGCUGGACCUUGUUUUUUUUAUUGACAUUUGUCAAUAAAACUCAUGAAUGCAACUGUUUAUGUCAAAUGUUAUGUUCUACUACCAUAAAAUGGUAAAACACUUCAAUGUGAGGCUAAAUAUGUGGGAAUCCCUGGAACCUAUGAAGUUAUUAAACUACUAAUGUCUGUGUCCUGCACCCCCAGCAGAACCAUAACCACAGCACACACUUGUUAGAGGUUGAAACACAUCAUAAUACCAUGAUGUUCAAAGUCACACCUUCUAAGAGACUGUCUUUUCAGUGUCUGCAUGCAUAACAAGGAAACUGUGGUGUUUGGGCUGCUUUGGUCUUCCCAAGUGCACGUUGAAAGAUUGACAGACAGAUUUCUGUCAUGUAAAUGCAUGCCACUUUUUCUCCCAUCUUUCUUUCUCUCUUCCAGAAGCUGUCACCCAGGAUAACUUUUUCUUGAGCCACACAAACAAAGGGAAUGAAUCUCCCAACAGGUUCAUAAGUCAUGUUGUCUUAACUGAAUACAUUGAAUAAUGUUUUAUGGGACUUCAAAUGCAGCCUGCUUUUCUCAUGGAGACUCUGUGUUGCUUUAUGUAUGACCUAAAGCAACAAAUGUAAAUAAAUUACCUGAGUGAUUUGUCAUCUUGA